AUGUUUCGAGAAUUUACUUCUAAAGUUUUUCAUUUAAUUGCCCUAUUAUUUAUUUUAUUAUGUUGUAAUGAACUACUCCUUGGACGAUAUUCUCUCAUGUCAAAUAUAUUAGCCAUGAAUGGAAUUAGACCAAGAUAUCCAAUGCCUGAUAAUUUCAAUGUGUAUACAUCAAGUGUUAGGCAACCAGAGAAGACAGUCAGUCACAAUAACCCAAACAGUAAUAGUAACAAUAAUAACAAUAAUAAUCACAACAUACAAACAAUGACAAAGUCAACAGUACUUAAAGCCUCACCGAUGGUGACAACGAUGAAAAUCAACGAACCACAGAUUGAGUUGAUCUCUUCAUUAAAAGCUUAUUCUCUAAAUACAUCAAACAAUAUCGAUCGAAAUUUUAGGUUUACUAAUCAUCCAGUUGGUGGUUACGGCCUAACCUCAUCAGCACAAAAUCAUAUCAAUUUAGAAUCAUUGUCUCAGACAACAAAAUCACCACUGAUGACUGUUGAUAGGAAUUCGCCAACAAUUAUUACUAAUUCUUUGAUUAAAUCAUCAAGUGAUUCACGUAAACGAAGUCACAAAGACAAUGAAAAGUCAGAAUGGCCAAGUUCAAUUGCUUCAGAGGAAUAUAGUAAAAUAAAUAUGCGUAUUAUGGGCCAACCAAUAGAUCCGAGUGUUGUAAAUCACUUACAUCCAGAUGUUUCACCGCAUAAAGCUAAAAAAUUACGCAAAAUUCUCUCUGGUAGCCUAGAUAAAGAUUGGACAUCAGAAACUCCACCGAGAGUGUUAAGACAACGUGGAUUAUCUGGUUCAGUAAUGUCUAAUGAUAAUACAAAUAAAAACAAUGUCGAUGAAAACUAUUCAUCGUUAGAUACAAAAUUACUAAAAGAAAUUAAAGAAUUAAAUUUUACAUUUCGUAAUUCUUAUGGAGUUUAUUUCACGUUAAGUGAAGAACAAAUUCAACCCUAUAGAUAUUGGUUACUUGAAAGAGCCACAUGUGAAAUGGAUUUUAUCUGGGAAGAUUUAGGUCCAUUAUUUUGGCCAAGAUGGAUACGUAGAGGUGUAUGCCUUAAUCGACCAGGUCAUUCAUGUUCUUGGCCAUCAGGUAUGAAAUGUCGACCGUCUGGUUCACGAGCACUACAACUAUUACAUUGGAAAUGUGAAGAUGCUGCUCAAGUCCAGUCUAGAGAGCAUGCAGCUGAUCAGCGUAUACGUCGACGAGUGGCAAUGAAUACUUUUCAUUCUGGUUUCUACGAAAUGGAACCUGUCUCAGAAGCAGUUGCAAAUAAACAGAAACGUGAUACAACAACAACAUAUGCACGUUUAAGUCUUCGAGACAAUGGGCUACAGCAGCAGCAGCAAGCAGACAGACAACGACAAUAUCAACAAACUGAACAAAAUGCUUAUCGUAAACUUCAAGCUAGAAAUCUUGUCAAGAAUUCAUGGACAAGAAGUAUAAAGUCCUCUGAAUUAUUAUUAUCGUCACCAUCAUCGUCAUCAUCGCUAUCAUUAUCAUCGUCACCGACUACUGCAGUACACUCAGAUAUCAAUGCAAAAGAUGAAAAACGACGACGUCGUGCAAGACGCUUAAUUAAACGCUUAAGUGUUACAGCUAAUGGAUAUCAUUGUUACUGGCAAGUACAAAAAUAUUUGAUUAGUGAUCGUUGUUCAUGUUCAUGUUCAUAA